CGUGCACGGAGCCUGACCCAGCGCAUAUACAUCGGUGCUGGAUUCAGAUAAGUCAUUGAAGGGGUUUUAACCCUUUGACCAACAUGGGAGUGGGGCCCUGCAGUGCCAGGAAAACAAGUUUGUUUUCCUGGCACUGGAGAGUCCCUUUAAGGGGUUAAUAGCUUCCGGUAUCUAGAGAUGUUAUUGUAUCCCAACCCAACAAGUCAAUCCCUGUUACAGAUAUGCGAGUCAAACAGUAACCAGACCAGUUUUGAAUUUUUUUAAUUAAUAUCCUGAUUAUCUUCUCCCUAAAACAACAUAUAUGUCCUGAAUCUAAAUAAUAGUUUGUGUAAAUGCGAUUGUUCGAUGUGCAUUAGUUUGUUUGGAGGAUCCCACUGGGAGCUGUAAAGCUGGGAUAAGAAUUUCGUGAAGAGAAUUCCACACUAAGCAAAGGAAAAUCACUUUCACUUUUGAUUUCAGGACGACAAUAGCUGCUGGAUUUACGAAGAAAAUGAAGCUGGGUCUCUGUGUGUUUCUUUAUAUUCUGCUAUUGCAGCAGCCGAGUGAGUAAAGACAUUGUAUUAGUUACUUGGUGAGAGGGUGGGAGAUCAAUGCAUUGUGUUUAUUUAGUAGAAAAUAUCUGGAUCAUGUCUCUUACUAUAGUCAAACAAGCUGGGCGGGUGGCUGUAAUGUACAAUAAAUAGGCGAUAUUCCUUUGACAGCUGCUCCAGUUUUAGAGCCAUGUCCAUGAAAGGGUCUUUAUAAACCCUGACACGUAACCUCUCUCCUUCCGCCUGCUUCUGUUAAACAAAUUAGAGAAUAAUACAUUGCUGACCCCUCUGGCACUGUAAGGGUUAAGAGCGAAAUAUUCAUUGUUCUCUGCUGACACUGCAAAGAUUAGAAGUAUAAUGAACACUGCUUGGUUAAUAUUUUACCGAACCCUUUGCACUAUAAAGGUGAAGUAAACCGUCUCUGCAUCUUCCCGGCAGUAAAAUAACACUCCAAGCACCAUAACCACUACAGUGAGAUUAUUUAUGCACAGGACAACCUCAGUGUAGUGAAAUGUAUUCUACCAAUCAGCUUUAUUUACCUUCUCCCAUACCAACAUUAAUUGUUUAACAGCUUCAGUGCGACAGACAGUAGUCUGGGCUGCUGGGCAUUUUUCGUUCCUGGGCCCAUGUCACCACUAAAACGCAAACACACACAACUCCACAAGACUGUAUUUACUAAAGCAAUAACUAGUGGGGAAUUGAUGAAACUGCAGGCAGCUUGUAUGUAGAUUUUCUUUCAAAUCAGUUAUUUUGGCUUAGAAAAUGCAUUUGUUGGUUAUCUACUAUUCCCAGUUCAGUGAAUGAAGUCUGUGUGUGUUUGUUUGUGUGCGUUUAAUGUUUAGGCAUGUCUGUGAAUGCAUGUUUCACUAACGUGAGACCUGUUAGACCUGUUAAAUGUCAAUCUAAAAUUUAAAGGCAACGUAGCAGAAAUAGAAAAAUUCAGUCAGCUCUACUUCCAUGGAGGAGCUGCGCUAUGUGUGUGGAGUGGACGGGGCUGUAAUGUCAUAUCCUGUCCCAGCAGAGAACCUCACACAUCAGCACUCCCUGGCUGGCUGAGGGUGGGGGGCUCCCUGCUUGGCUGAGAGUGGGGGGCUCCUUGCCUGACUAGCAGUGUAAGAAGUUAUAUCCUGUCCCGACAGAGCACCUCACACAGGAUGUUACUGCAGCGCUCCCUGGUUGGCUGAGGGUGGGGGCUCCCUGCUUGGCUGAGAGUGGGGGUGUCCUUGCCUGACUAGCAGUGUAAGAAGUUAUAUCCUGUCCCGACAGAGCACCUCACACAGGAAGUUACUGCAGCGCUCCCAGGCUGGCUGAGGGUGGGGGGCUCCCAGGCUGGCUGAGGGCGGGGCGCUCCCUGGCUGGCUAAGGGUGGGGGACUCCCUGGCUGGCUGAGGGUGGGGGGCUCCUUGCCUGACUAGCAGUGUAAGAAGUUAUAUCCUGUCCCGACAGAGCACCUCACACAGGAAGUUACUGCAGCACUCCCAGGCUGGCUGAGGGUGAGGGACUCCCAGGCUGGCUGAGGGUGAGGGACUCCCUGGCUGGCUGAGGGUGAGGGACUCCCAGGCUGGCUAACAGAGUAAGAGGUUUGGCAGUCUGAGAUGCCUAUAAAUGGCACUCAGCGGCUAUUGUGAACUAGUUAUGGAAAUCUACUAAUCUGUCUAACAUGCCCAAUACUGCUCAGCUGCUGUUGGGCCCCUGCCUGCCCUGAAAGUGCCCGAGUGCUCAGUCUGCCCCUGAACAGUUUACUAUAUUGUCCUUAUCUCUGUAUCACAUUCCACCACACCCCACAUUUCUUUUUCCACUUGUUUCCAUUUCCUUUAUCCCUAGACACUAUGUUCACUUCACCAGUUUUUUUUUACCUCCUCCUCCCUCACAACAUUUACAUAGAUAUCUGAUGUAUAUAUGAAGGCUCCUGUAAUAUCAGUCUCCAAUGUUUGAAAGCUGGGAAUAUGUGGGAAAAGCUUGCAAAGUCUUCCUCAGCCUACUUUGUGGAAUAUACUAAUCUUAAUAGUGCCCCAAAAUGGUAAAAUUCAGGGAUAAUCCCCACGUGUGGCAUAAGAUUUUGAAAAUGAUACCUAUGUCAAAAGAAUGCAGAAAAAAAAAAUUACAAUUGUGUAUAAAACGUGUAUUAGGACAGGACGCCAAGCAAACGGUCGCUGCUAACUGUCAGCAUAGUUCAUGUCUUUAGUGUGUAGAUCAUAUUAUGUCCCCACUAGCGGAAUUAAGGGGAUUGGGUUUUUUUUAUAUCUACUGCCAGACUCCGAGCUCAGUAAUUGGUUACUAGCUGUCCUGGAGUGAUAUCAUGUUUGGGUACUGGUAAACAUCAUUUUGCUGGAACCCUUUACUUUGGAGAGGCAGAGGGAAGCCUGUGGUAUGCAGGGUUAGAAAGGAUAGGGAGCAGAGUGUGAUUGUCAUAUGCAGGAUAUCCGGUGCUGGGAAAACAUAACUGAUUAAAGCUCACCUUGUAACCGCUGCUGGUUCCCCUAUUUACCUCUAUGACGUCUUAGCCAUAAUAUUAUAUAGUUAGCUAGAAUUCCUCUAUUUAAAAUAUAUAAAUAACUGAGAAUACAAUAAAAAUAGGCAUUGUCUUGGAAGCAAUAAAUUUGUUGUCUUUUCAAAUAUUUUAAAUAAAUAAAAAUAUAUAGACAUAUAAAAACGUAAUCCAUUACAAUAAUUCAGAGCAGAGUUUAUAAGAUUAAAGUAUAUGCUUGCAAUAUCAAUAAAAUAAAAUAACAUACCCAAACAUGUCAAGCUCUCAGUCAUGAUAAAAUGGAGUAGCGUCUCCAUCUCCAAUAAUCUCUCCUCUGUGCCUCAUAUUAACAAGUACACAUAUUUAUACUUUAGAUUUUCAAUUAGGUCAUGUUGGGACCUACCUUAACUUGGCAAAGAUACGAGGCCAUAACUUGGUCAUUUCACAUUAUCUAUGUUCAGACUAAAACGUAAGGGUACACAUGACUCGGGAAAUUCCUUGACUUGGGGAGUUCGACUAGCCUAGAACAAGAUGGCGUCCUAAAGUCUGAACUCCAUAUCCACUGAAUAUGGGUAAGAAGUCGUUUAAAGAUAUAUUAAAUAAAUUAUAUAUAUAUAUAUAUAUAUAUAUAUAUAUAUAUCUGUAUAGUGGCACUCACCCUUUCAUGUUGUCUAUAUAUAAAGAAAAUUCCCUGGUGCAAUCCCAUGCUGAGUAUGGAUAACAAAUGAAAAAGAGAUGCACUCUAAGGUCUUUAGAAGAAAUCACUGGUCUUUAAUAUCCAACAAAGUUACAUAAAGUCGAUCGACGUUUCGACCUCUUCAGGUCUUCCUCAAGAUCAGAUAUAUAUAAUAUUAAAGAAACAUUGUAUGAAAAAUAAGAUAUUCCAUUUCUAACAAUGUGUCAGUUUGCAAAAUACAACUUUUCAUUCAAAAACUUUUAAUAUUUGCAUAUGCCCAUAACAACCUAUGUCAUGGAAUUGUAAUAUGCUGCAACAUAUUUUACUGAAAGAUUGCAUAAUCUGCGAGAUUUUGUAGUUGACAUUUCGCCUGCUGUAAUUUUUCAGUCGCGAUUGUAAACUGAUAUCCAUUCUGGGACUGGUUGGGAUGGGGCAAAUUUUCUUUAAAGAAAUGUGGUGGCUGUUAUGAAAUAAGCACAAACAGUUCAGAAAAAGAUUGACAAGUUCAGAAUUUGCUCAGUAAGAGAGUCUUGGUCAAUCUUCUGAGGCCUCCAGCCUAUUACCGGCUGGUAAUUGAAAAAUGAAUAACGUUUGCUGCUGUUUAAACAUCCGUGAGUUCUUCUGACUGAUGGUAAAAAAUAAAUAUUGUAAUCGUACAGCUGCAGUGUAAAUAAUUUCUUGACCUGAAGCCUUCAAACCUGGAGCAAAAUAGGAUAAUCUUGUGUUAACUGUUGUGAGUCUGCCUCUUCAAAGUGAAACCAAUAAUCUGGUGUUAUACGUCUACACACUAGUAACACUUCAGGACACCAUCUCUUUUCUAUUUUCUUCCUCUUGUGUUCUUUUGCCCACUGCCUCCUAAAUUGGAAGUUGGGCUCUUUUCGUGUUGUUUAUUUUUUUUUGUGUGUGUUAUGUACUGUUUUAUAUACCUGCUGCAGUGUGUUGCAGAAUAUGUUGUAGCUGUAUAAAAUGAUGAUAAUGAUAAUGGACCAAGUAAUGUGAAAACUUGUUUCUUCAUAAAAUUGUCUUGCAGCUUCUGGAGUAGAAGUGACAGUCGAGUCCCCUCAAACUACGUUGAUAGGAUCUUCUGUUCUUCUUCCCUGCACAUUCCGCAUCAAUAACCCUCCUAUAAACUCAAAUUUCUUGGCGAUAUUCUGGAACUUUGGAAACAUUGAAUUGUUGAAAUAUGAUAACAAGGGGAUGACCACAAACUCGAAAGUGUCAGUAAAUGAGCAGGAUUUCAAGAAUGGAGUUGUUUCUCUGUCUCUACACAACGUGACCAUCUCUGAUGAAGGAACUUACACGUGUUUAGUUAUUUACAGCCCUGACAGACAAGAAAAGACAGUAGAUUUACAUGUCAAGGGUGGGUAUAUAUUUAAUUAAGCUUGAGUGAGGACUCAGCCAACAAGCAUGGUCCUGUAUUGGACCUGCUUAGCUCAAUGAACACAUCUGACCUUUCCUGCCUUGGGGUCCAAGAAUGGUUUGAUUAUUCUGGGAGGGUACCAUGAGACUCCUGGUGCCAUAACCACCCCAGAGGGCUUUAGUUGUUAUGAUCAUUGGAGCGUUUCUACUUUUCUCUUUCAAACAAAAAGUCAGGUUGAUAAAAGUUGACUAUAGGCAGAACUUAAAGCAAGGAUCUGUUUCAGUUGCCAAUCAAAUUUAUCCCAAACCCAUCAGUAGCAGCAGACUGUAUAGGCAAAAAAGAAUAAAGUAGCUAUAUUUAGGGAUUGAGAUCAAGGGAAAAAAAAAGAUGAUAAAUAUAAAUAAAGGCAAUGGAGAGGGUAUAAUCAUUAAAAUACAGGAGGCAUAAGGAAUGAGAAACAAAAAGAAAAUCCAAUAUGACAGAGCCGCUUCAAGCACAAAAAAAAACCUGUCUUAGCUUAGUCUACACUCCAGUGAGGCUCCUUACCCAGUAAAGAGACCUUUCUCUGUUGGCACUCUCUCAGUUCGUUGGAAUAACAGACUUAAUAUGCAGCCAGAUAUAUUGCACUGUACAGGAGCCUUUGCUGUACAGCAAUAAUACUCCCAGUAAUGUGUCUGAGUGUAUAACAGAGCUCCACAGCAAUAAUACUCCCAGUAAUGUGUCUGAGUGUAUAACAGAGCUCCACAGCAAUAAUACUCCCAGUAAUGUGUCUGAGUGUAUAACAGAGCUCCACAGCAAUAAUACUCCCAGUAAUGUGUCUGAGUGUAUAACAGAGCUCCACAGCUAUAAUACUCCCAGUAAUGUGUCUGAGUGUAUAACAGAGCUCCACAGCAAUAAUACUCCCAGUAAUGUGUCUGAGUGUAUAACAGAGCUCCACAGCAAUAAUACUCCCAGUAAUGUGUCUGAGUGUAUAACAGAGCUCCACAGCAAUAAUACUCCCAGUAAUGUGUCUGAGUGUAUAACAGAGCUCCACAGCAAUAAUACUCCCAGUAAUGUGUCUGAGUGUAUAACAGAGCUCCACAGCAAUAAUACUCCCAGUAAUGUCUGAGUGUAUAACAGAGCUCCACAGCAAUAAUACUCCCAGUAAUGUGUCUGAGUGUAUAACAGAGCUCCACAGCAAUAAUACUCCCAGUAAUGUGUCUGAGUGUAUAACAGAGCUCCACAGCAAUAAUACUCCCAGUAAUGUGUCUGAGUGUAUAACAGAGCUCCACAGCAAUAAUACUCCCAAUAAUGUGUCUGAGUGUAUAACAGAGCUCCACAGCUAUAAUACUCCCAGUAAUGUGUCUGAGUGUAUAACAGAGCUCCACAGCAAUAAUACUCCCAGUAAUGUGUCUGAGUGUAUAACAGAGCUCCACAGCAAUAAUACUCCCAUAAUGUAUCUGAGUGUAUAACAGAGCUCCACAGCAAUAAUACCAGUAAUGUGUCUGAGCGUAUAACAGAGCUCCACAGCAAUAAUACUCCCAGUAAUGUGUCUCAGUGUAUAACAGAGCUCCACAGUAAUACUCCCAGUAAUGUGUCUGAGUGUAUAACAGAGCUCCACGCAAUAAUACUCCCAGUAAUGUGUCUGAGUGUAUAACAGAGCUCCACAGCAAUAAUACUCCCAGUAAUGUGUCUGAGUGUAUAACAGAGCUUCACAGUAAUAAUAUUCCCAGUAAUGUGUCUGAGUGUAUAACAAGCUCCACAGCAAUAAUACUCCCAGUAAUGUGUCUGAGUGUAUAACAGAGCUCCACAGCAAUAAUACUCCCAGUAAUGUGUCUGAGUGUAUAACAGAGCCCCACAGUAAUAAUACUCCCAGUAAUGAAUCUUUAAACUACAGUAAAUGUGUUCAGAAACCAGUCUAUGUAAAUAAGAUACAUUGUUCUUGUUCUAAAUGACAUUUAGUUGCAUGAAUAGUUAUUAGUAAGUCACCUAAAAUUUCUAAAAGUGUCCCUCUAUGUCCAUGUGUAAUGUUGGCAAUGUGACUGUCACGGAGCACAAUUCUUUGUUUGCUUGAUGAUUGCCUGGACCCAAUCAAUAUUAUAUAAUGAUUUGUUUUUCCUUCAGCUUCUCCAGUAGUCAAAAUAACCAAGAAAGCUCUUCUACAAAAUCACAAAAACCAGAUUCAAUGUUCGAUCACAGACUUCUACCCAGAGAAAAUUAAAGUGACCUGGUUGAGGAAUGGAUCUCCUCUUCCUAUACCAACAGAUAUGAAAGAACCCCAGAGGAAUGCAGAUGGCACCUAUAGGGUAAACAGCUCUUUGAUUAUCACCCCAACCCAAGAUAACUUGCUCAUCGAGUGCAAGGUGGAGCAUGAAUCACAAACAACUCCUAUAAAGGACAGUUACACAGUAAUAUAUGGAGGUAAGAACAAUGUUCUACCACUUGAUACAUCAAUAUAUAUAUAUUCUAUAUUUUUAAUGAAUACCGAAAGAUAAUGAUGUCUGGAGCUGUAGAAAUUGUGUCUGCAUAGGAUAACAUGGAAACAUACUUGCACAGUACAAUGUAUGACAUAAUUACACUAGAAAGUCACGUACCAUUUACUGUUUAAAGGCCCGGGAUCGUCUUGUUAAAGAUCUGCCUUAAUUUACAGAAUUACAUUAUGUUAUUAUUGUCACGAAGUAUAACCCUAACACGCAGAGUUUAGGAUAGCAAGGAACGGACGAAUGAAAUAGAAAUGUCUUAGAGUGGCCAGACUUAACGUUAGAUAGGUUAAAGAGUAGUCGAAAUACGAACCGAGGUCAGGGUAACGGAGAGACAGCGAAAACGAGAACUAGCCAGAGUCAGUUACACGGUAAUAAUCAGAAGGGCAAACAAGACAGGCAAGGGUUCAAAGAGAAACUCUGAGUCAGGAAACAAAGCCAAAGAAAUAAUAAUACAAGGAACGCACUAAAGAGUAGUGGGAACAGAAACCACAAUACUGCACACAAUCUAGGGCCAGGUAAGUUGGAAUAAGUCUAUGUUGAAUUUGAUUGGUCCACGUCAUGCCUGCGCCCUAAAACGAUCGUCAAUGGGGGCGCCGGAAUGACAUGGGCCAGUGAGAGCCGACCGCAAGGAUAGGCUUCCAUUUCCCCUUUAAGAAAGUGCCUGCAACCCGAGCAGCGUUCCUAAUACUGUAAGGACCGCACGCCCGAUCAGACUGUCCGGUGCAGGCAGGCAGCCAGGAGUGUUCGAGCCGCAUGCGGCUCACCUGGAGGCAGGAGAGCUCGAGCCACAUGUGGCUUGAUCGGAGGACCCCUGCUGGCAUGUGGACCGGGUAAGUACCAUUACAAUUAUGUAGUCUUUCGAGAAAAGCUGACAUUUGCAAAAAUAAUAUCAGUCUAGUUACUGCUUCAGUAAGAUUUAUUUUACAUUUAAACCACUUGUUGAAACAACUGCAAUAUUAUUCAAAUUGUCCAAUCACUGUUAAUGAUUAGUGCCGCGUUUCUUUUUGUACAUUUUGACUGAGGCAGGUAUUGUAUUGUAGAGAUUACUUUGAACAUUGCUGUGUGAACAGUACCCAUCAGCCAGUUACUUCAUUUGGUAAAAUUAGAUUGCCCCUCUUUGAUAAAUUUUAACCUCCCCCACUGACCCCACCACUAAUUACAGCUAAUUACACCAAACCUUUGUUGGCUCCUCUGUCAGCAGGUUCAUGGAUCAGGUAAUGCUAUGAACUACAUAUCCCAUGAUGCUCAGCUGGUUGUUGCCGAGCACCUAAAGAGACAACAUUCACAACUGAUAUACGAUUAUUACUGUAUGCAGAGUGAUACUAGGCCUCUUUGCUGCACCUGACUCCUACUCUGCAAUAAGAAUGUUCAAAAAAAAUCUCUCUUAUUGUUACAAUUAACAAGUAUAAGAAUUAGCCGUUUGUUUUCAUAAUAAAUGCAACUUUUUGAAGUUUUAACAUUGAAACUAAGGACUAUUUGCUUUUCUGGAUCCUAAAUGUCUCUGUUUCUUUCUAGUGCCCCCCACCGUACAGAUCUUCUCUUCCGAGAUACCAGAACAUAAGGAACGAGUCUUUGUCUGCGAACUGAAAGGGUUUUACCCUGAGCCUGUGACAGUCAAAUGGAGGCAGAAUGGAAAAAGGAUCGAGUCAUCUGGAAGAAAUGCAGACGGCACUUUUAAUAAAGAAAGUUUUUACCGUAUUCAUUUUUCAUCGCAAAACCAGUCGGCAGAUAUCUCCUGUGAGGUGGAGCAUGAGACGUUAUUAAGUCCUAUAAUUAAAACCCAGCAUAUUGAAUACUACAGUAAGUUCCAAAUGUACCCAGUGACCUAUUAAAGGAACACUAUAGUCACCUAAAUUACUUUAGCUAAAUAAAGCGGUUUUAGUGUAUAGAUCAUUCCCCUGCAAUUUCACUGCUCAAUUCACUGUCAUUUAGGAGUUAAAUCACUUUGUUUUUGUUUAUGCAGCCCUAGCCACACCUCCCCUGGCUAUGCUUGACAGAGCCUGCAUGAAAAAAAAAACUGGUUUCCCUUUCAAACAGAUGUAAUUUACCUUAAAUAAUUGUAUCUCAAUCUCUAAAUUGAACUUUAAAUCACAUACAGGAUGCUCUUGCAGGGUCUAGCAAGCUAUUAACAUAGCAGAGGAUAAGAAAAUCUUAAUUAAACAUAACUUGCAAUAAAGAAAGCCUAAAUAGGGCUCUCUUUACAGGAAGUGUUUAUGGAAGGCUGUGCAAGUCACAUGCAGGGAGGUGUGACUAGGGUUCAUAAACAAAGGGAUUUAACUCCUAAAUGGCAGAGGAUUGAGCAGUGAGGCUGCAGGGGCGUGUUCUAUACACCAAAACUGAUUCAUUAAGCUAAAGUUGUUCAGGUGACUAUAGUGUCCCUUUAACCUACAUGAACCUCAUUAUUUUUAGAUUAAAAAAAUAUUUUGAAUACCUACAUUUUUCUGACCUACCUUUGCUACCAGGAGAUGGACAGCCUUUGCUGAAUGAGGCAUUUGUGGACUACAGAUUUGAUGCAAUCAUUUCUAUAAUUUAAGUGGGGUGUUUACUAUAAAUUUCUGCUUAUUUUAUUAUUUUUUGUUGUUGCAGGAUUAGAUGUAUUUAAAGAUGUGUUUUUUUUAACUGAAAAAAGAGCAAUGCUUAUAUAUAGGUUUAUGGUCAUUUUAUUGAUCUGUUUUCUGUCCCUUAAAUUUACUAGAGUCACUUCUACAUUACGUAACGGGUUUUGAAAGAACUAGCCUUCGAAACGUAGCAUCAGAAUAUCUUUACUGAAACUGUGUCUUUAAAUAGUCCUAGUCAUAAGGAUUAGAACUACAGCUCUACCGUCUUCCGAAUGCUGUGUUAACCUAUUGUUAUUACAAGUUCCUACAUGACCACUCAACUGGAAAUAAGUUAAUAGUAAACAGAAGCAAGGCUUUAUGGGGAGAACUUCACAUACCUGGUACAUGGCUAUUACUAUGUGCAGGUGUUGGCCAUACACAUAUAGUUUGUAUGCUACCUAGGGAACUGCAUCACAGACCUCCAUAUAUCUGCCAUCAUGGAAUAAUAGCAUAGGGGUUGGAAAUUAGUAAAAAUGGCUUAUAAGAUCUUGCAUGGUAAAUCUCUGGCUAAAUCAUUAUAUCUAUGCUGACCACUUGUGUUAUAUCUUCAGGUGACCAUAACAAGUCCUCUCGUCUUGGUUUAACCGUGGUUCUGACCAUUAUAGCGACUCUGGCUGUUAUCUGUGCGUUAUUAUGGUAUUUCGUCUACAAGAAAAAAUGUAAGAGUCAUUUUAUGAUCUGCGUUUUGUAAGCAAAGACACUGGAAAUAAUGUUUUUAAUGUAUUAAUUCACAGCAAUGUCCAGCUGGCAACCACCUCAAAAUACAAAAUAGCCUUGUUGGAAAAAAAUCGACCACUUGGCUGACCUGGAGAUUUUUUCCAACUCUUCAUUUAUGUUUAAAUUCAUUUUUUUCCAGGAUUGGUACACUCUAAACAAAUUAACGAUGCAGCUCCUUGUGGUGAUAAUAUUGGGAGUGUCAAGGUGCCAUUCCUCAGUUUAACAUCGUUUUGUGGACAGUACAACAUAACCUGGGGCUUUUUAAUUACAUGGUAAAACCGAUAAUAUGUUAUUAAUGUCAUGUCAACUUAGCACUCUCAUCUAAUCACUGCCUUCAAGGUUGGAGAGAAUUUACAUAUAUAAUACAGAAGUGUUAAUUCCACAUUAUCCAUGGGACAAUAGAAGGACACUCUCUGGGCACCAUAGUGGCUAUGCCUAUUAAAUAUGGAGAGUGUAGGUUAAUUUACUAAACAUGAUUACCAAUAGUUGUUGCUGCAGUGAUAGGCCGCUGCUUGAUAUGUUAUCAAGGUCAACAUCAGCUGUGAGUCCCUGGAUAUUGAAUAUUGGAAUUACAUUGAAUAUUGGAAUUCACCACUACGUUGUGUUUAGGAUUUGUGGCACGUUAUCAGUGAUUCCCAAACCAGUAAUCAAUACACAACAACCGUCCAUAUCACCAUAUGAAAAUCUAAAUCCAUUUACACUGGUACAAUACCUAAUACUACUGAUAUUAUUUUAUACCAUGCUUAAAGCAACCAUUAACACACAGACGCUAUAAAUUGCAGGAGGGUAUAUGGUUUCUUCCUUGCUUUGACUCUUCCUCAAGCCGUAACAUUAUCUUUUAUCCCCGGUGGCACAGACUUUGCUAAUUGCUUUGCUGCUUCUACACUUUGCAGCGGGGACAUUCAGGAGUCCUGGCACACUAUCUAUGAAAAACCUAUAAUGUCUGAGGGUUGUUUAGAUCCUCUUUGCAGUGUAACUGAACAGAUACAUAAUGCUGGUUUAAGAAUGAAAUGCCAAUAAUAAUAAAUGCGAUGUAAACACUUGUCCAAUACAGAGCUACAAAAUAUCUUAGAACUUUAUGACAUGUAAUUAACUGGCAAAAAUGAACUUUUGAUGACAUCACAAAAUGUUCUUUUUUGGAUGUACCGGAUAUUUUGAGUCUCUUUGACAAAAGGCUUGAACAUCGGUGCUCAUGGGCUGCUUUCUAUGCAAUACAGUAUAAAUGGAAUGUCGCUCACUAAAUCUCUAUUUAAGGUCCUGGAACUAACUAUUUUUCUCCUGACUCUGAGAUCUUUGUUUUUACAGAUUUCAAGAGAUUUGUAGUGAGUCCAAUAUACAGGCCUGAGAUGUGGGGUGAGGAUAGAAAGAUCACCCUGUAUUGUAUGGCUUUCAACUGCCCAAAGGAGGUCCAGGUGACAUGGAUUGUGGAGGAUCAUGAUGAACAGAGCAACAAAAAGUCAUAUGGAGGAACCGUGGAUGAGGAGAAGAAUUUGCUGAGCCGUGAUUAUACCAUAAAAACUGACCAUUCACGGGUUAGUGGGAUGCACAAUGUUAUCACAGCAGUAAUUAUGACAGCCAACCUAUCAGAUGAAAAGAAGAAAGACAUUGUCUGCAUAUUUAACUGCGACGGGCAGACCAAAUGGCAAACAAUCGUCUGGAACCCUAUGUUAUGUAAGUUUGAGAUUUAUUUUCUUGAGUACUACUACAAAAUUGUUGUUUAUGUGACAAGAUUAAUGUACUAAGAAAAUGAAAUCAGAAAAUGUAGCACUCUAUAGGUAAGGAAUCUUUGGAGACAUUUCAAAUUUCUACUGAUUCUAUGCUUUAUUUCCUAGUAAAACCCCAAAUAUUCCAUGAGACGCCUAUCAAACUAUCCCUGUGUGACUCGGGUGAUGUGCUCUGUUCCGUCAAUCUGAUGAACUUCAGUCCUAAAGAUAUUCGGAUAACAUGGAGUAGUGGAGUUGGACAUUAUCAGGAUCUGAAGACCUUUAAGGAGAUAGUUACAAAAAAUCCCCAGAACAUGUUUGAUGCUGAAAGUGAAUGCAGGAUCUCCGUAAAACUAUUCAAUGAGCCUGGAUUUAAAGUUCGUGUUACUUGGAAACAUGAAUCCAUGGAUAACUCUGAAACCAAGGAAGUGUCUGCAGCAGGUAAUGGGGCUCUUCCAGUCUCUUGUUUUAGAUAUAUUGUAGCAAGACAAAUCAGUGAGCCUGGUCAGAAAAUGCAGGCAGUUCCAAACAAAUCACUGUUGACACUGUUAGCUGUGUUCUCUUCUUUUUCUGGAAAUUCUCUGCACUCCGAUAUCUUAUCUGUGGUACUAAAGGAUAGAUUCCAUCUAAAGUCUCAAUAAUUCAGUUUUAAACAUACCCCAGACACUCGGUAGGAUUCUAAAGGAAUUUUAUUGUAAGUUGCAGGAAAGGUUUGAAACAUUCCUUAUUAUGUGAUUCUGGGGAUAUUGUCCAACCUGAAUCCUUGAGUGGACGUUCAGCUCAGUAAUUUUGUUCUGUUAAUGGGAUGUAUUUUUUCUGAAGUGAAUUUCAGUUUGUGCUGUAUGGAUGUUUGUACCUUUUGGUGUCCCUUAUAGAUGGCUAUAUUGAGGGAGGCUUGGCAUUUUUGAGUGUCUAUUUGAAAUAUUAUUGGAGCAUUAUCAAAGCAGCUUGCAGCUACAUUUUAAAUGAUAUAUUAUGUAUAUAUUUGAAAUAGAUUUCUGAAUUUUUAUGCUAAUGAACCAUUUUGAAUUAAAGUAUUAUUCCCACCCCAUAACAGGUUAAGGAUAUUUUAAAUGUUUCUGGGCAGGAAUUUAACUCCAAAUUUUUUGAUAAUAAAUACAAUAAAAUGUCCAUGCGUAAUGCUACUAUUUUAGAGAAUGUUUUUCCAGUUGUUCCUUUAAAAUCCCUUCUUGUUACAGACUUCCCUUGGCGCCCUCAGAUAGGAGAUAUAAUAAUACCGGAUUUGAUACACAGCGCUGAGGCCAAACUGCAAUGUACAAUCUCGGGCAAUUUCACUGAUAAUCUGGAUGUCAAAUGGUUCAGGAGGGAACCUGGACAGCAGGAACUGUACCUUGUGUCUCCCAGUGAGAAAUACAAGCUUCCAGUGAUGGAUGUAACCAGACAGGAGGAUCGGACUUAUACCUGUACAGCCAGUCUGAUUGUCACAGUGUCCGGGAGAACUGAUCAUGGAGCAGAAUUCAUCUGCCGGGUGGGACAUCCCAGUAUGGAGAGACCCUUGGAGAAAAGAACAGGAGAACUAAAUGUGAGAGGUGGGUCCACUGUGGAAUAUGAAUCUUUUGGAUAGGUAGUGCUUUUUCCUAGGAAUUUUAUAAGCAGGUGCAGGCGAUAUCCACAGUAAACUACAAAAAUAUUAUUCUUUUAGCCGUAGCUACAGAGUCCCAUGACUAUAACAACCAGGAUCACACUGUAACCUCCCCCUGGCAUGGAGUCUGCAGCAGUCAGAGAUUCCGUUUGUAAUUUUCACACAUUAGAUGAUACAAUAGCAUGCCAUGUCUCACAUUAUAUCUGCACUUGUGUUGGCUACGCAGUGCAGUAGUUAAAGCAUUGCCAAUUCACUCUUUCUCAGGUUCAGACUAGAAAUCUCAAAUGAUUGCGCUUAGUUUUCCUGAUGCCCAUUUGCUUGUAGCUCACCUACUCCUUGGAUAACUCCUAUAUUCCUCUACCUAUAUCCUGUCCAACCUUCUCCUGUACGUGGGACCACCCAUUGUACUAUGACCCUGUGCAACCCGUCAUCCACUUGGACUAAACCUGACUGUAGUUAUGCUUUGUCCCAUGGGUUCUCCACAGGAUAAUGGCUACAUUGUGGGCUUGUUCAAGUAGUGAUGAUUCUUACUACAUCCAUGUCCAGCUCUACAACAGUGAAGCCAACUUCCUGACACCUGUAUGAAGCAAUGGGUAAACUAAUUGCUCAAAAGAAAACCAUAUUCAUCAAAUAAUUAAUAAGAUAAUAAAUAAUGCAUGACUGUAUAAUUUUGAUCUAGAAGACAGAAUAAUAAAUAAAUAACAAAUUGUUCGAAAAUGGUUUAAUACUGAAUGGAGGGACAGUGCUAGGGCCAGGCCUCCAGGCACUAUAACCACUUCAAUGAGAUGCAAUGUUUAUAGUGCCGACAGUGUCCCUUUAGCAAGCAUAAUCCAUAUUUUUUUUAUUGAGGACAUGUAAAUAGUUUCAUUAUAAAUAGAAGUAAAUUAAUCAGUAACUAUUUCUCCUACACAAACAUAAUGGCUCUUCUACAUAUUGCUGUGUAGAAAUAUGACAUCACAUAUGCUACUUUAAGUAGAAGUAUUUGAAUUUAAUACGUGUUGGAUUUAUACACUGAUAAUAUUAUUCUAAGUCCAUGUAUAAUAACGCUGUAUAUUUUUUUAUAUCAUCAGGAAUCCACGUUUUUGAUGUUUUCUUCGAGUAUGCACAGUCACAUGACUUGCUAACGGCGGACGUCAGAGUUUUCCCAAAACAAAAUAUUGAAGUAACGUGGAGUCGAUCUAAAUCUGAAAAGUCUUACGAAACGUACCCUGAUUCUGAACUUAUCAAUAAAUAUGCCGAUAUUGGGGGUGGCAUUAACCAAUUAAUCAGCCAAUAUAAAGCAAAAAAGAGUAUUCAGGAUCAUAUCAAAUAUUUCAAAGUAUCAGUGAAACUUGAAUCAAUGGAAUCUCCGGUUGAGAAGAUAAUCGUACGUAAAAAAGGUACGCCAUCCACAAUGCAUAUUAGGAGAGAGCCCCCUACUGGUGAUAUUGGACUUCACAAGCAAACCUUGAGAUGAUACAUUGUAUUAAUCUCCGAUAGAAUAUAUUUCUUGGUCUGACUGUGGGACGCUCUUCGGUAAUUGUUUGUGAAACACAGUUAGGGCUGCCUAGUGCUUGCUUUAGUCAUAGACAGGGUUUAUUUGCUGCAGCUGCUUGCAUUAAUUAAUUAAUAGGAAGCAAAGUCACCAUUUAUCCUUUAAUGAUAGAUCCAUUGGGAGAUUACAUUGGCAGACAUUUAAAAAUGUGACAUUUAGCUAUUGCAUUAAUCACAGCAGCAUUGACAGAUUGCAACUCGUCGUUUGUUUAACCUUCGCUCCAGCUUAAAGUAAAUCGUAGUGAACUUGCUAAGACGUUAUGCUAUACCUAUAACGGAGCAUCUUUAAACAGUAAUAUAUUUAUUUAUUCCUAUUAAAUAUUCCAUAUGAAUAAUGGGCACAGUAGGGUUUACCAUGUUAGUGAGAAUAAUUGAAAUACCGAGUUAUGGUGUCAUUUUAAAAGAGUCUCUUGAUCAUUAAUGUAUUCCUUUCAUCCAGGUGACUAUUCCAUUAUUGAUAAGGCAGGUGAGGGACUGUUGCCUAAAUCUUCCAUUAUGGAAUGUAAUGGUCCUCCUGGGUGCUCAGAUCCUCCUGAAACUACAGAGAAAGGUGAGUUUGUUAUUAGUGAGAUAAGACUUUCGGUGAUCGAUCCCAAUUUUGUGAACACAUUUGCUGCUAGGAAGGAUGAAUGUCAUAUUAGUUCAUUAAAAUGAGUGUUUGGGAUUCUAAUGUGCUCAUAUUGUAGUUCUAAUUGCCACCAGAUCUGUCAGGAAAAUGAUUUAUGUGCAGCAAUAAGAUAGCAAAUAAAAUGUAUAUUACCGUAUCCAUAGAAUGUAUUUAACCUUCAGGUAGGUGACAUAGACUAUACUUUGUGGGGGGGCAGCAACACCGUUAAUGAAAAUAAUUUAGUUAUGGUGUCAUUAUAAAAGAGUCCACCUCUCUGUGAUCAUACAGAUAUUGAUAAUUAAAAUGCAUUCAUCUCAUCCAGGUGACUAUUCCAUUGUUGAUAAGGCAGGUGAGAGGCUGUUGCAUGAAUCAUCCAUGAAGGAAAAUAAUGGUUCUCCUGGCUGCACCGAUUCUACUGAAACUACAGAGAAUGGUGAGUUUUUAAUUUGUGUUAUAAAAGACUUCCUGCGAUCAAUGCCAAUUCUGUGAACAGGUUUGCUACUAGGAAGGAUGAAUGUCAUCUUAGUUAAUUAAAAUGAAUGUUUGUGAUUCUAAUAUGCUCACAUUGUAGUUCUAACUACUACCGUGACCCAACAGGAAAAUUAUUUAUGUGCAGCAAUAUGAUAGGACAUAGAAUGUAUCUUACUGUAUCCAUAGAGUGUAUUUAACCUUCAGGUAGGUGUUAUAGACUAUACUUUGGAGAGGGGCGGGGGGGCGGCAAUGCACACACAGUGCACAACAUAUAACAAAACCAUAGUUAUAGUUUUUCAUUUCUUUGACUAAGUAGAUCAGAAACGUCUCGUGAAAUAACUUUAGCACUUGCACUACCCAAAAGAUGAAGUAUUAUUCCCUAUUAAUGCUUUUCUGGGGCAAGACAAGUGUAAUUAAAUUUAUUGUAUACAGCGCUAAUGGUCAGCUAGUUAAUGUCAUAAGUGGAGCUAUGGUGUUGCUUUUAUUUUGACUCUUACUUUCAAAGGACGUAAAAGGUGUAAUGAUUUUUAAGUUAUUAAACUAAUCGGGUAAAUGGCGAGAGUUGUCCGGGUGGAUGUAUUAAGUGACCAGCUGUGUGAGACAAUACACACAAUUACACACACAGACUGAUAUGUAGAAAUUAUAUUCUGACCGUACACUACUAUAGAGAGUGUGAGAAUUGAGCAGUGAGACUUCAGAGGCAUGAUCUAUAUACAAAAAAAAAAAAUGCUAAAUUAAGCUAAAGUUGUUUUGGUGACUAGUGUCCCUUUAAUGAAUCUGGGAAAUACAUAUUAAAGGUUAGAAAAUUAUAUAAACUUUCUUUCAUUUGGAAGCUGAUACAAUGUGAACUUUAACUUUCUAUGUGAUUGUUGCUCUCACCAGUCCAUAGACCUCUAGCAUAGACCUUGCUAUUAGUCCAGUCCUGCUGCCUCACUGCUAAGUUCGCCAAUGUACAGAGCUAGAAACACAACUUUGUUUUUCAAAUUCAUCCUCUGACUUCACAAGCAACGUGAUACAGACAAAAAGAGAUACAAUCGGUGAUGCUAUGUGAAUGAAUAUAGCGUACAAUACCAAAAGGUUUAAUAUUAGAUUUAUUACAUGACUGUAUUUUUUUAUAUUCUGUUUAUUUAAAUUAAUGACACUUAAACAUAUAUUGCAAAUCCCAUUGGAUACACACAAUAUACAGGUCUGGAGCAAAACAAAUGAACAUUGUAUUGAUUAUUCUGUAUGGUUCCUACUUUAAUAAGAUUCAGAAUACGAUAAUAAUAGCCAUAAUCACAAUAAAUCGUUUGGAUAAUUAAAUAUCUCUUUAUUUACAUUAAAAGGUUUCUACUCUGAGGAAGAGAAUAAUAUACUGAAAAUUAGAUAUAGCUCUUUGCUUCUUUCUUUGUUUUGCAGGGAACAAUCAAAUGGAACAGAAAGACGACAAUGGAAAGAAACAAAAGAGAACAUUUAAAAUGCCAGGAAUGUUUAGUAGCAAAUCAUCCCCCAAAAAGUGAUGUGAUAGCUGCCAUGGCAAGAUUGUGUUGGUUGACAAUGGAAGGACUCUAGGAGAUCAGUUUAACUGUGAAAUGAGGGCCAUACCUCUCUGAUGGCGGCAAUUUUAGUCUGUUCGUCGAUCUGUACUUAUUUAGCUAUCUCUCUUCCACUUUUAUUUUUAUUAAAUAAAAUAAAUAGGAAAAAGUUAAAAACCUACUAAUUUAAGCCUUUUAAUAAACCAAUGAUGAGAUUUGUAAAAUCUUGUUUAUCUAUUUACAUUAUUGUAGCUUUUGACUGCUAGCUUUCAGGCAUUAUGUAGAAUGACUGAGUAUUCCAUCCAACCUGCAGUUUAUAGGGUUUGAACCCCUUUAUUACCAAUCGCAUGUUUACAACAUUACGGAUACUUUAUUUAGAAUUGGAUUUCACAUUUACCUUUUACACCUGUACAGUGCAAGGUUUAAUUACUGGACGUCACUGAAUAGCAGACAUGUGAGGGGGUAUUAAGCAUGCUCUGGGUAUAUACACAGCUUGCAACACACUUGAAAAUAAAAAUGUAAUCUGUAAUAAAUAUGUAUAUGUUAAAGUGAUUGGAUUAUAUCUUUUUAUGUAUACUUUCUUCUUUAAAUGUCUCACCGUAAUAUCCCUCGAAUACCCAAAAUAUGAAUACGCAAUCUGAAGUUUUUCUGUGACAUGUCCAUAUAAUGGCAUAAUUUGUACCUUCUGCUUGCAUUUUGGGAAAGUGGAUUGCAACAAAUACCUGCACAUUCUUUAUAAAUACAAAUGCAGGAAUAUUUUAACACUUCUUUUUAAUAUUUCUAUUCUAUCUGUAGUUUUUUUUUUCUUUUCUAAAAUUCAUAUUUGUACUAAUUAUUCUAAACCUGUUGGAAUGAUCGUAAUAUAUAUGAUACUUUAUAAUCUCUUAAGUAUCUACCCAAAAUUCAUGACGAAAACACCGAAAAGGCCUUGGUCACACACGCAUUCAUCUGAAAAAAGCCUUGGUCCUUACUUUUAGCUUGUUUUGCCUUUUUCCUAAAGUGUUAAAUUAGAUAUACUUGCCAUUGCCAUCUCUUUAAACAAUGGAACGUUGGGAACUUCUGGAGCAGUAAAUUACUAGGUUUAUGAGACACUGAAUCAUGACAGGUCUAAUUUCAUAACUUCUUCUGGCCAUCCCUAUUAUUUGUGAAAUAAAAUAGUGAUUUUGUUAAUUUUCAGAAGAAAUUUGAAGAGAUCAGUAUAAUUAAAACAUGUUUUGUAACAAUAAUUGAUAUGGUAUUUGGAUUGUUGUUUGUUCAGCAAAACUGUCAUAAAUAUAUAUUUUGUCUUUUUAAUAUGUUUUGGAAGUAAUAUUUCUCUAUUUUUUAUGUUUAAUACAAGUUUUUU